CUCUGCGCCGGGCCCCGACUGCGAGACCGCUGAGCUGCGCAGGGCCCCGCCCCGGGCUCCAUUGUUGAGGCAGCGGGCGCUCCGCGGGCUGCGCUCCUCUUGGCUGUCCUGCGCGCACGAGCCACUGGAUCCUGAGCAAUGGAAGAGUUAAUAGUUGAACUCCGCCUCUUUCUGGAGCUCCUGGAUCAUGAGUACCUCACUUCAACUGUCAGAGAGAAAAAGGCAGUGCUCACCAACAUCCUGCUUAGGAUACAGUCAUCCAAGGGCUUUGAAGGGAAGGACCAUGCUCAGAAGGCAGAGGCCAACAGCCUGCCCGCACCCCCCCAGAUGCCUCUGCCGGAAAUCCCUCAGCCAUGGCUGCCUCCUGACAGUGGGCCUCCGCCCUUACCGACAUCCUCUCUUCCGGAGGGUUACUAUGAGGAAGCCGUGCCGCUGAGUCCUGGAAAAGCCCCAGAGUACAUCACCUCAAAUUAUGACUCUGAUGCCAUGAGCAGUUCCUAUGAGUCAUAUGAUGAAGAGGAGGAGGAUGGAAAAGGGAAGAAAACUCGGCACCAGUGGCCUUCAGAGGAGGCCUCGAUGGACCUGGUGAAAGACGCCAAGAUCUGCGCCUUCCUGCUGCGCAAGAAACGAUUUGGCCAGUGGACCAAGCUGCUCUGCGUCAUCAAGGACACCAAGUUGCUGUGCUAUAAAAGUUCCAAGGACCAGCAGCCUCAGAUGGAGCUGCCGCUGCAAGGGUGCAGCAUCACGUACACCCCGAGGGACAGCAAGAAGAAGAAACACGAGCUGAAGAUCACCCAGCAAGGCACAGACCCUCUGGUUCUCGCCGUCCAGAGCAAAGAGCAGGCUGAGCAAUGGCUGAAGGUGAUCAAAGAGGCCUACAGUGGCUGCGGCGGCCCCGUGGAUCUAGAGGGUUCUCCACCACCCAGCGCCAGUGCCCCGGUGAACAAGGCAGAACUGGAGAAGAAACUGUCUUCAGAAAGGCCCAGCUCUGAUGGAGAAGGUGUCGUGGAAAAUGGAGUCACCACAUGUAAUGGAAAAGAACAAGUGAAGAGGAAGAAAACCUCCAAGUCGGAGGCCAAGGGAACUGUGUCCAAGGUCACUGGGAAGAAAAUUACCAAGAUCAUUGGCCUGGGAAAGAAGAAGCCAUCCACAGAUGAGCAGACGUCAUCAGCGGAGGAAGACGUGCCCACCUGUGGUUACCUAAAUGUGCUCUCCAACAGCCGCUGGCGGGAGCGCUGGUGCAGAGUGAAGGACAGCAAGCUCGUUCUCCAUAAGGACAGAGCUGACCUGAAGACCCACAUCGUCUCCAUCCCUCUCCGUGGCUGUGAGGUGAUUCCAGGCUUGGAUUCCAAGCACCCACUGACCUUCCGGCUGCUUCGAAAUGGACAGGAAGUGGCCGUGCUAGAGGCAUCAUCUUCUGAAGACAUGGGCAGAUGGAUUGGCAUCUUACUGGCUGAGACGGGGUCAUCAACGGACCCAGGAGCCCUGCACUAUGACUACAUAGAUGUGGAGAUGUCAGCGAAUGUCAUCCAGACGGCCAAACAGACCUUCUGCUUUAUGAACAGGCGGGCAGUGUCCACCAGCCCCUACCUGGGGAGCAUCUCCAACGGCUAUGCCCACCCCAGCGGGACAGCGCUGCACUACGAUGACGUCCCCUGCGUCAACGGCUCGUGGGACGUGGAUGGCGGCUUUCCUGGCUGUGGGAGCAGAGGCCUGGCAGAAGAGGUGCUCUAUGAUAACGCGGGCCUCUACGAUAACUUGCCAUCGCCGACAAUCUUUGCUCGCUCCUCUCCUGCUGACCGGAGGGCGUCUCGGCCACCCGCUGACAGGCUGUCCUCUAACCACUACAAAUCCCCCACCUCCUGCAGCCCGCCCUGCUCCCCAUCUCUCACUAACACCUCUUCUGUCGGGAGGGCGUCUCUUGGGCUGCACUCCCAGUUGAAGAGCAAAAAACCUCCAGUGUCAUCUAAUGGGGUUCCUGUAAAGGGGAAGGCUCCCAGCAGCCAGCAAAAAAAGGCGGAUUCUGCAGGCGGUGUGAAACGGACAGCAUCAAAUGCUGACCAGUACAAAUAUGGUAAGAACCGGGUGGAAGCUGACGCUAAGAGGUUACAGUCCAAAGAGGAGGAGCUGCUGAAGAGGAAAGAGGCUCUGCGGAACAGACUGGCACAGCUCCGGAAAGAGCGGAAGGACCUGAGGGCCGCCAUCGAAGUGAAUGCAGGCAGGAAGACCCAGGCUGCCCUGGAGGACAAGCUGAAGAGGCUGGAGGAAGAAUGCAAGCAGAGGGAGGCGGAGCGGGUCAGCCUGGAGCUGGAGCUGACGGAGGUCAAGGAGAGCCUGAAGAAGGCUUUGGCAGGUGGUGUCACCCUGGGACUGGCCAUUGAGCCCAAGUCAGGCACAUCCAGUCCACAGUCUCCUGUGUUUCGGCAUCGGACUCUGGAAAAUUCUCCCAUCUCCAGCUGUGAUACAAGCGAUGCUGAGGGCCCCCUGCCUGUGAACAGUGCAGCCGUCCUGAAGAAGAGCCAGCCAGCCUCAGGCAGCUCCCCUUGCCGUGGGCACGUGCUGCAGAAGGCCAAGGAGUGGGAGCUGAAGAAUGGGACAUAGAGGGACCCCAGCCACACCCAGACAGAGACUGCGUACUGCCACCAGCCUCACUGUGCGACACGUGCGCCUCCCAAAGUGGCCUGAGCAUGACUUGAAGUUUGGACUGAGUCUGCCGCUGACCCUGGGCCGGCUUACGUGCGCACUUUCUACUGUAUGACGGUGCCCUUUAGGAAAGUUUACUUAAAAACUUCGGUGUCCAAAUUUACUUGUUAAAAAGCAGAAACAAAAGGGGUUGAAGAGUUGUUCUGAAGCACCCUCUGGCAGAUGGGGCAGUCGCAGUUCUGAGGACCUCAGCUUAACCCCAGCCUGCAGCCCACGGACUGUAUGGCCCUGUGAGAUAGGAUGGCCCGAGCCUUCCCCACGUGCGGCCAGAGCUGCAUACCUCACCCUGUUUGCCAGAGGGUCCUGCUCUGUAGCAGCAGCAUGAACUCCCUGUGUCUCUGCAGCACCCCCCACUUCCCCGCCCCCCAGUCCCCCGUCACUGGAGGUGAAGCCGUGAGGAAUUGUGCUGUGAAGCGAUUUUUAAGGUUUGGUUUUGCUUUUGGAUAGACAUUUUUUGUUGCCGGGAUGGAAAGGUUGUCAUUCCUUUUACCACUGUUUUUCCUUUGUUUGCUUUUAAAGAAAACAUCCCCUUUUAUCAUGUGCUUUGCUUGGGUUUUAGGAACUUUACAGAGUCCCUGUUUCCCAUUUUAUGGUGUAUUUUGAGAGGCAGCACAGAGCUUUCAGCCCUCAGCUAGCAUAUGCACCUUUUCCCUGACCCGAGACCCCAGCCCCCCUGACUGCUGAGCAGGAAACACACUGGCCACCAUCUGCCUGUGGAUCUAACAGAGCAGGAUCUAGAACCUGUAGUCGAACCUGGACCAUCUUUGAACAGAGACGAUCGUCUCAGAGCACCUCCCUCUGGUUUACAGUGGAUCACAGGUUCUGAUUGGGUGGGCCUCCUCCCCACUCUCCUGUUUGCCUCUGCACUUGCUUGUGUAGUUCAGAUGUUCAGGAUUGUGAUGCCUACAGCUCAUGGGUGAGGCUAGCCUCUACCGUAGGGGUCUGAGAGUGAAACUGGCUUUUUGGGGCUUCCACAGUACUGUCCAGACCUUUCCACCAUGGGGAGAUGCUGGCGGUAAGGAGGAAGUUAGCCAUCUCUGCAGACUUGUGCAGGACCCAUUAUACAUGAGCAACGGGCAUGUUCCCUAGACUGAGAAGCUGGAGAUGCUGUGCCGGAGGCAAGCCUUCCCAUCACAGCCCAGAAUGUCCUUAGCACACACAGAAGGAAAGUUUCCCAGGCUCUCUCUAGAGGUGCCUUUAGGCCUGCCCUGGGCAGUGUCCAUGUUUGGGGUCAGCACUCUGUGCGUCAGCCCUGUAGCAGCUGCCUUGGAGUUGCCAAAGAGCAGCAAGGUGUCACCAGUGUUCAGGGACAUCACUCCAGCCAUGGGGAGCUGCUCAGCUGGAGGUCUCCCCCAAGCUGGCCCUGUGUAAGCCACUUGCCAGCUGUUUGAUGGUGCUUCAUUCUAGUGCCUUCCUCUACACCAGCAUCCAUGUGGUCUAGUCUCCACCAGGAAACUGUGCAGAAGGACCAGGAAGAGGGAAGCAGCCUCCACACACACCAACCUGCUCACAGAGCAGCCACUGGGUGAGCCCCUUGGGUCACCAGAGGGAGCUGUGACCAUUUCAUAUCACAUGACAUUAGUGUUCUGAAAGGGAAGAGACUUUGAUGUGCCAUAGACUUCUGCUGCCUUCGGUCUCAGAGCAGUGUUUUUGGCCACUCUGACAGUACCCCGCUUUGCUAGGAAAGCUGUUCCAGGCUUUGAUUGUUAAAAUAAGGAAAAAAUGUCCAACUAACAGCCAGUCCUGGCCAGCAUAGUCUGUAAUGGAGUGGGGAUAUUAGUGGAACAUCAUGUCCAGCAAAUAAGCCUCAAUUCAGCUUGUCCUGAUGAAGACAAAGCAGGCUCCAGGAUCCUGGUGUCUGUAUUUCAUACUGAGAAAUCUAGGCUUGUAAUCCAUUCGGCUACCUGUAAGUUCCACAGAGCCAUAUAAAGUAGGUCCCAGGGAAGGCAAGGCUUCUGACACAGGGCUCUGCUGUCCCAUGUUCCCAUUAAUGUUCUUAGAUUUGGUCAGAAAGCUAGUUUAAAGCAUUUGUUUCAAAGUAAGUUAUUUAUUUGUAUAUGUUCAAUAAAUAUAAUUUUAAUUUAUAUAUGUACAUAUUGGACACCCUUGAGACAUCCUGUCUGGAUUCUCACAGUGUUCUCAUUCUACGACCCUCCCAAAGCCACAGGCAUGACUCCAGCCAUCAAUGGCCCAGUUUUGCUUUGUGUGGAGUCAGGUGGGCAGAGGGCCAAGCCAGCCCCCUUUUGUGAGCAGUCAGGUCCUCUGGAUCAUGGGAGGUGCCCCGUCUUUUGGGGUCUCUCCUUGUCUGAGGCCACAGUGUUUCUUGGGGUCUACCUUUGUUACAAUUUGGCAAGAUGUCAUCAGCUUUCACAAUCCCCUCUCCUUUUACGUCCAUUCACUAACUAACCCUUUGCAUACAAAUAUCAUGCUCACCUGGGGGCCUGCUGUGGCCCCCUGCUUGGGCAUGGGUAUAGGCCCUCACUGCCACACAGUCUCAUAUACCAGUGUUCUUGCAAGGGUGAGCUUGGGUCAGUCAGGUCAUUCCAGGUGCCAGAAUGCCCUAUCAGCUGGCUAUGGACUCGCUGCACACAGAAUCUCCCAGCAUGCUCGCUGUUCCCCUGCCUCACAUGCCCGUGUCUCGUCUCGUGCAUGCUUUGGUGCUGCCUCAUCUGUCCACUUGCCCAAUUCGCUUUUGGCUGUUUCUUUGUCAACCAAGCCCACACUGAUAGGCUGGAGAAUUGGCACAUUCAGAAAACCUGCCUUGAAAAGCAAUAUCCGAGGCCCUGGGGCCAUCAAGGAAGGCUUCCACUCUGUGGGGACUGCAGUUCCCCCACCAGUUAGAAUUCACAUGCAAGCAACAGCAGGGGGUCCCUGGCCUCUCCUUCUAGAGACAAGGGACAAGGCUCCCCUGUAGUUUGAUACCAUCCUAUGCUCUGGGUGCUUGAGCCAAGUGACUCCUCCAUUUACACCUGCCCUCACCAGCAGACAGGAUACACCCGAGGUCCAUUCUAUGGGCGUGGCAAAGUCAAUGUGAUUGACUGUUGUCUUCCUCUUUUCUUUUCUAAAGUAAUUUUAAACCAGAAACAUUUCAAAUCCAUGACAUAGUUUUUAAAGAUGUAAUUGAAUGUCUGGGUCCUGUUCCCACUGACUUACUACUAACCACACCAGCGAGCUGGGUUUCUACUGUGAAAUAAACUGAAAAUAACAGUGAAACACCUGUGCCUUCCGCAAACAACUCAGCCCCAGGAAGAGGCGGAAGCAGCAAGCAGCCAUGUCACUCUCGUGGGAAGCCCGCACUUCAGCACUGAGGAACACUCUUUGCCAGUAGCUGGGGACACACCACUGUGGUCUUUGGAAACCUGGGCUUCCCACACACUUGAUUGAAGUAUGCUUUCAAAAUGGUGUCUUCGGUUCAUAAUUCUUAGGGACCAAAGGUGUUUUUAAUAUGAUGUUUUAAUUGAUUUUCUAACAAAGGUUUACUUUACAUUUUAACAUCAGUUUUUACAUUCUAGAUAGUCCAAAUGAAUUACUCAUGACUCUAAGUUGUAAAAUG